CUCCACUUUGUGAUUUUCUUCCAGCACGCAGCGGAAGAACAACAAUAUCAGCUGUGAUCGCCCAACACUGUCUGCAAGGAGCUCGCAAUUAUGGUGUACAUUCGACAGGACAAGCUCCCCAAGCUCAAGGAGUACAAGUAUUCUGGCGUUGACCGCAGUCUCCUCUCACAAUACGUUCUUAAACCGUUUUAUACACACGUUGUUAUAAAAUGUUUUCCUAUGUGGAUGGCGCCAAAUCUUAUCACGCUUUCCGGGUUCGGCUUUGUUGUUGGAAACUUCCUUACUCUUUUGUGGUAUACGCCUACCCUGGACCAAGAUUGUCCGCCUUGGGUUUACCUUAGCUGGGCAAUUGGAUUGUUUCUCUACCAGACAUUCGACGCAGUCGAUGGAAGUCAGGCACGAAGAACACAUCAAAGCGGUCCUUUAGGCGAGUUGUUCGAUCAUGGUGUAGACGCUAUCAACACAACGCUAGAGGUCCUGCUCUUUUCCGCAACGAUGAACAUGGGACAAGGCUGGAAGACGAUUUUGAAUCUCUUUGCAGCAUCGUUAACGUUCUAUGUUCAAACUUGGGAUGAGUAUCACACCCAUACCCUAACCCUCGAGGUCAUCUCAGGUCCUGUUGAGGGUAUCCUGACUCUCUGCAUUAUAUACGCUGCUACUGCGUUUCUUGGAGGUGGCAGCUUCUGGCAACGCUCUAUGCUUGAAAGCCUUGGGCUGCAGAACUAUGACUUUAUUCCCGAGGCCAUCUAUAAGCUCGCCUGGAAUGAGUGGUACAUGGUCUAUGGAAGCACCGUCCUUGUCUUCAACACAGUCUCUAGCGCGCGAAACGUCAUGAAGGCGCGUCGUGCCCGAGGCCAAAAAACACGGGUUGCUCUCCUCGGCCUUCUCACAUUUGCAGCAGCUUGGGUUCUCAUCGCAGCUUACCUGUUUCUGCAACCUGUCAUCCUGCGCCAUCACCUGGUACCAUUCAUCUUUUACGCCGGCCUCAUCAACGCCUACUCAGUCGGUCGCAUGAUCAUCUCGCACCUGACGAAGUCCCGAUUUCCCCGUGGCAACGUUUUGAUUUACCCAUUGAUUUAUGGCGUUGUCGAUUCGCUGGGCCCUUGGCUGCAGGAACACAUUGGUGUGGGUUGGCCGAGCGCUCUGGGAAGCGAUGUUUACCAGGUAGCUUUUGUCUUCAUGUGCCUUGGUUUAGCAGUCGGCGUGCACGGAAGCUUCAUUGUUGAUGUUAUCUGGACGAUUUGCGAUUACCUUGACAUAUGGUGCUUGACGAUCAAGUACCCGUACAAGCCAGUGGAGGAGAGCACAGAGAAAGCGAAGAAGGGGCAAUGAGCAAGGAGAGUUGGAAGAGACGAGGAGGUUGUCGGCAGAUGAUAGUGGGACACGACGUGACUAGGCAUUUCAUGAAUAAAUUGAUUUAAGUGCACCUGCACUUGAAUGCCCAA